GGUUUAACUCAAUUUAUAUCUGAUUUGAGAAAUGCUAAGGCAUUCGAUGAUCAAGAUAGAAGGAUCAAUAGUGAGUUAGUUAACAUUCAAAAGCAAUUUGCUGCUGGUCACUUAACUGGGUAUCAAAGAAAAAAAUAUGUUUGUAAAUUGCUCUAUAUUUAUUUAAUGGGUCAUAAGAUUAAUUUUGGAUACAUGGAAUCAAUCCAAUUACUACCUUCAAAGAUUUAUUCAGAAAAAGAGAUUGGCUAUAUGGCUAUUUCUUUAUUUUUAAAUAAACAUAAUGAACUAUUAUCACUUAUAGUCAAUUCAAUCAAAAACGAUUUAAGCAUAUCAAACAACGAUUUUAAUUGUUUAGCAUUACAAUGUAUCGCAACACUUGGAGAAGAAAAUUGGUCAGAUUUAUUGUCUGAUGAUGUUUUCCAAUUGUUAAGAUCUCCAACUAAUCCUUCUUUAGUUCGGAAAAAAGCUGCUUUGGCUUUAUUAAAGUUAUUAAAAGCUCAGCCAAAUAUCUUAAUUGAUCGUCAAGGCUGGAUUCCAAGAAUUGUUGCAUGUAUUGAUGAUCAAGAUAUUGGUUUUGUAACGUCAAUAGCUUCUUUGGUUAGUUUUAUUGCUUCCAAAUUUCCUGAUUCUGUUAGAAUGUGUGUUCCUGCUGUUGCAAGGAGAUUAAGUAAAUUAGUUAUUGAAAACCAAUGUGCUGUGGCUUAUAGGUACUAUGAUAUACCAAAUCCAUGGUUGGUUGUAAAGCUCUUGGAUUUAGUUAAAAAUUUAAUCAGUGAUGGGUCGGUUUCUGAUAUUGAUGCUGUUUCAAUCAAAACUUUGAAAAAUGUUGUAGCCAAAGCUAUUGAAAAGGGAACCAUGACAUAUAAUACACAGCAAUCAAUGAAUGCCCAAUCUGCAAUUUUAUUUUCAGCUGUUUCGUUGGCUGCUCAUCUUGAUCCCUCCCCCGAUGCUUUAUCAAGUGCAAUUGAUGCAUUGGGCUCCUUGGUAAGCUCAGCAGAGACAAAUACACGAUAUUUAGCUUUGGAUUCCUUGACAAAAAUUACCGUUGUUGGUGGGUUUCCUGCUCAAAGUUCAAUUAAAAGACAUUCUGAAUUAGUUUUAAAAUCUUUGAAAGAUAAAGAUAUUUCCGUUCGUCGUAAAGCAUUGGAACUAUUAUAUGCAAUUUGUGAUACAGAUAAUGUGGAAAAAGUUGUUGGUGAGUUGUUAAAAUUUUUAUCCACUGCAGAUUAUGCGUUAAGAUCAGAGAUUUCUGUUAAAAUAGCUGUUUUAGCCGAAAAAUUUUCCACAGAUCCUCAUUGGUAUGUUAAUACUUGUCUUAAAUUAAUUUCUAUUGCAGGAUCACAAGUUCCUGAAGAAGUCUGGGAAAGAAUCACUCAAAUUAUUAUAAAUAAUGAAACGCUUCAAUCAAUAUCAUGCAAGUCAAUUAUUAGAUUUAUAAAACAGGCAAAUUGUCCAGAUGCUUUAAUAAAAAUUGGUGCAUAUGUUUUAGGGGAAUAUGGACACUUGAUACUGAACUCUCCAACUUAUUCACCAAGAGAACAAUUUGCGGUUUUAUCAAAUAAAUAUUACUAUGUUAAUUUAAUAACAAGGUCGAUGCUUUUAACGGCUUUUUUUAAAAUGUUUAAAAAUUAUCAAAGUCUUGAUCGGGUUUUGAAAUUUGAUAUUUUAAAAAUUUUUAAAAACGAACUAGUUAGUAUCGAUAGUGAAAUCCAACAAAGAGCAUUCGAAUACUUGAAAAUUAUUGAGAUUGGAAAUAAAGAUGGUGGAAAUUUCCAUCUUUUGAAUGUUUUAUGUGAAGAAGCUCCUCCGUUUCCUGAAAGAGUUUCACCAUUAUUAUCUAGAUUGGGAGGCAAUUUCGAAAUAUUUGAAAAAAAUAAAAAAGCUAUUAGAAACAUGACUGGAACAUCAACAGGUAGCAGUAACAGUGCCCCACCACCAACUAGUGAAUUGAUUCAACAAAGCACAAGUAAUAGUUAUGGAAGCUCAAUCGGUCAUAGCAAUAAUGGAUCCAGUGUUCAAUUGAAUCCAUUUAAUGAAGAAGAAGAUGAAUCUUCAGAUGAAGAAAUAAAUGACAGAAAUAAUAUCAGUAAUAUAAUAUUGACACCUAAUUGGGAAGAAGGAUAUUAUCGAAUAAUAAAUUUUGGACAGGGAGUGUUUUUCGAAAAUUCAUUAUUUAAAAUCCUUUAUAGAACAAUAAAAGAUUCUAAUGAACCAACAAGCAAUAGAAUCUCGUUGACAUAUGUGAAUAAAUCACCAAUUCAAAUUAGUGCAUUAACAUCUGAAAUCAAAUUGGUAAAGACCACUGAUCCUUCAUUUAUUAUUCAUGCAUUGGAGAUCCCAGAGAGUGAGGUCCAGGUUAAUAGUAAGACACUGUUUGAGUUUAAAGUUACAAUCAGAAAACCAAUUGAAAUCAGUGAAUCCCCAUUGUUAUUAAUAAAUUUUAUUUCAGGAGGUUUUACUCAAUUAAAAUUAAAAGUUCCUAUUACAAUUAUAAAUUUUUUAAAAGCCACAGAGAUCCCAAAAGAACAAUUUUUCAAUAGAUGGAAUCAAAUUGGCGUUCUAGGAAAAGAAGGAGAGGACGAAAGAGUAUUCAAAGCUAAAAAAACAUAUAAUAGAAUAGGUUUAAGAAGGAUUUUGAAUCGAUUAGGAUUUCAGGAAAUUCAAGGAAUUGAAAAUACGAAUGAUAAUAGCACUAGUAAGUUUGUUGGAUCAAGUAUCCUAUAUAGUAAAUUAAAGGGAAAUUUUGGUUGUUUGAUUAGACUUGAAAGUGAAAAUAUUAGUGCAUAUGACACAGGAUAUGAUAUUGAUGGAAGUAAAUUCAAAAUCACGAUUAGAGUAACUAGCCCAGGCAUUGCAAAAACAAUCGGGGAGGUUCUUCAGAAAUUACUUGAAUUUGGUGCAUAG